AUGUCUCAGAACCGCGCAGGCGACUGGGCCGAUGACGAGGAGUUUGAUGAAGCUGCCUCCCUUCCCCCACAACAAAUCAUUUCCAACAAAGACGGUACGAAAACUGUGAUAUCGUUCCGCUUUAACGACGAUGGCAAGAAGGUCAAAACCACAAGACGAAUCCGGACAACAGUGGUUAAAGAGCACGUAAACCCACGUGUGGCGGAACGUAAGGGAUGGGCCAAAUUCGGUCUUGAGAAGGGGCACCCGGCUGGCCCUUCUCUUGACACCACAUCUGUUGGAGAGAAUAUUAUUUUCAGACCCUCUAUCAACUGGAAGUCACAAGCAAAGGAGGAGGAGAAGGCAGGAGGCGAGAAAGGAGGUCUAAAAGAUCAACUAAAAGAUAAGAAGGUAAAAUGUCGUAUUUGCAGCGGAGAGCAUUUCACAGCCAGGUGUCCUUUCAAAGACACUAUGGCACCCGUUGAUGAACCGGCUCCCGGAGCCGGUAUGGAUGGUGACGACGGAGAGCAGCCUGCUGGCGGUUUAGGAAGUGGUGGCAGCGCUUAUGUGCCUCCCGCCCUCCGGAAGGGUGCUGCUGGUUCUGGUGGAGAAAGAAUGGGAAGCAAAUAUGAAAGAGAUGAGCUGGCAACUUUACGUGUUACAAAUGUCAGCGAGCUUGCUGAAGAGGGAGAGCUUCGUGAUAUGUUUGGCAGAUUCGGACACGUUACAAGAGUAUUCCUUGCCAAGGAUAAAGAAACCAACAUGGCGAAGGGCUUUGCGUUUAUUAGUUUUGCUGAUAGAGCUGAUGCCGCUCGGGCCUGUGAAAAAAUGGACGGCUUUGGUUAUCGGCAUUUGAUUUUGCGUGUUGAGUUCGCGAAGAAGACAACGUAA